GGAAAAUGUUGUUAUGUGCGUAUUUCUAUGUAUAUAUAUGGAUAUACUAAGAAUAAAAACAAUCAACGUCAAUCUGCCAGACGAUUUCAAGUCGUGAAUGCUCGGGACAACCUACUGACAACAUGGCGAACAUUGAGGCGGUUACUAUACCUUUCUUGAUUAUGAACUUCUUUUUUAACGGUACACAUGCCAUACUACUGCCGACACUUGGAAACUGGACCUGGGACGAGGCCAUUCUCCAGUGUCGAGACAAAAACUCAAGACUGGCUUACUUUGACGAGAUAACAUCGGGCAUAAGCAUUUCGAACGAAGAAAUUAGGGAGGAUGAUGUACGUCUUUGGAUUAAUGACGGAACAUUGCGAGCAGAGUGUGAACAUCCCAGAGAAUGUCCGCUGAUGUUUGGCGAUAACUCCCGGUUCAAGUACAACGCUACGUGUGUCAAUUGCACGAUGAAGGCAGGCACGAUGUGUAGGACAGAUGUUGUUAAACAUGUGUAUGGAAUGAACGGAAUGAAGUUCAUUAGGUCGAAAGCACAAACGCUUUGUCUGAAUACAAGCAGCCAACUUAUUGACCUCAGCAGCACUAGUGACCUUGAAAGAAAGAGGAGUGUUAAUGUGGAUAAUAGCCACCAUUACUGGACCAGUGGAGUUAUCAAGCAUGGAAAAACUGGAGUAUUUCAGAUUGUAGAUUGUGUCCACUCUUCGGGAUUAUCAGAUCAAAUGCAGUUACAUAACAAAAAGACCUGGAAUUCUGUCUACAUUUGUCAACAGCUCUGUCGAAACAGUACAUCCAUAGCUUUAAUGAAUGACCAAUGUGGAUGUCUCUUGCCCAGCCAGAACGUGACAGAUAGGAGAACAUCAGGUUGCACGACCCCUUGUGUCGGUAGCCCGCGUGAUCGGUGUGGUGGGAAUGACAGCUUCUCUAUAUACCGCCAAAUUGAUACGGAUACAGAACAAUAUUCUGACAAAUGUUUAGUGAUUACAAAGAACAGCGAUAACAAUUACACCGAACAUUGGCAAGAAUGUCGACAACGUCAAGAUGGCUGUAUAUGUAGAAAUGGAACUAUCGAUUUCAGUUAUGUAAUCAUUCAGAGAAACAGUACAUGGGAGGAAGCCCAGAGAGCGUGUGAAGUACAUGAUAUGAUGUUAGCUACCUAUGAGACGAGCAAUAUAUCAGAAAGUGAAUGGAGUAAGCUUCGUGAAGGUGCUACACUUUGGACAGGAAUAUAUAGUCCGACGGUGUUAGAAUUUAGUCCUGACGCUGACCCCCAGAGUGAUGAUACAUGUUUAACUGUCACUAACUUUAAGGAACAUCAAUACGACAUAGAGGAGGCAGACUGUGAUCAGCGCCUAGAAGCGCUCUGUUACAACGAUGUUACAGAUUAUAGGACAACUGUGAGUAUGACGACUCUCCCAUAUGAAGAUAGUGACUACAUGACGUCGAAAAAGAAAAAACCGAAUGUUACAUCGACACACUCCUCGGUCAUAGCCGUCACCACAUCGUCUCCCUACACAGGAAUGUCCCCGAUGAUUAUAGGUUUGAUCAGUACCGUUGUGUUUGUGGCUCUAGUCCUCACGGUGAUCCUGGGCGUGCUUGCGGUUCUCUUGUACAGAUUCAAAGAACAGAAAAGGCAGUUGAACAUGCUAAAAGGUCCGACGAUCAGCUACUCGAAUCUGGAGCACAGUGUAGUAGUCAGCCACAAAGAUGGACCUAGCGACGAGGACUCGGGAGGUGAUCUAGGAAAUCUGGACAAUAUCACAGAACAAAUGGACGCCCUGUUCGUACGUAAAGACGAAAUGUCGCCUGAUGAAAAAUCAGAACACCUCUAUGAUAUUUCGGAAAACGAUCACAAUAAAACUCACAUGAAACAGGAAAAUGGAAUCGGUUUAAAUGCACAACAGAAAAAGACGGAAACUGGAGGAGAAUACACGGAAGUCGAUAUAUGUGAUGAAACUGGAUAUCCCAAAAUGGGUCAGGAUAGUGAGAGUGGAGCUUUUAGAAAUUCAUUAUCGUCGGGAGAAGAUAAAAACAUGGAAAUGAGUUUGAAAUGUAAAAACGAACUGCGGAAGCCAUCUUUGAAAGAAUCCGACACAUCUAUGGAAAGUGUUAUUGAAGACAAGGGAGAUAAAUCGAUAGAUGUCGACAUCGACGAUAAUUACGAUCAUACCGAAUCGUAUAUUAGACGACAAAGAAAAAAAGCAGAUAAUGACACAUACGACAAAUUAGGAUCGAACUCUUUCAAACGGCACAGGUCUAAAUCAGAAUGUUUGUAUGACCGCGUGGAUAACGUGAAUUACGAUGAAGUUGGGAUAGGUGUUGAUGCCAAACCUAAAAUUUAUUACGAAGAUAUAGACCUCGACUUUGAUCGUCCAUGACGCUCUAAAAUAAAUCACUAUUUUUGAACUCACAAUGAAAAUGAUUAACUGGAAACGGUGCAUUACAUUACAUGCGUUUAUUGCAGCUAAAUGUGUUUAGGUGUGAUAAUUUGAUAGAAAAACAACAUCAGUAUCUACAAGGAUGUUGAAUAGUAUAAUGGCUAAUCUUUUCCAUAUCAGACACGUUUCAAUCGUGAUGAAAAAAUACUGUCAAACGUGAUUUUAACCAUAUUUACAUAAUUACGCUCUGUAACAUAUUUGGCACGAACAUGUGUUCAGCAAUUUCAUUCUGUAGUAUAAAAUAAAACAUCCGAUGAUCUCGAAAGCUGAGGAAGUAUAAAUGUUGCUAUCUAGGAAUUGAAAGAUGAUAAUUAACACAUAACCUAGAUUUACAUAUGAGUAUAUUGUCAGUAGGUCUCGCAGUACGAAAGGUCUUAUAUACCAUGAUGUUGUGCAUGCACUCGAGAAUACGUGAAUAAAAAAAAAGUAUAAUUAAAGUCGUCAUAUUUAAUUUUCCUCAAAAAAGAAUUUCAACAAAGAGUCAUGUAACCAAAGAGAAAAUAAUGAUAGAAAUUACUAGACAGGCCUCCGUUUCACACACUGUAUAUAAUGAAAAUAGUCUACACACGAAAUGGCUUACCAAAGUUCCAUCUAAUACGGUAACAAUGUUCAGAACCCUCUUAUUCCUUCUACACAACUACAUCGGGGCAAACUUCAAAUAGUUUUAUAAAGUAAAAAUAAAUCGACAUCAGCCUUAGAAGACAAAUGAAAUAAGUUGACUCAGUGACAUGAUGAAACUUCUUAUUACAGUUCUUGGUCAAUCUAAGAAUUAACUUCAAUGGAGAAAAAAUCUGUAUUCAUGUGUUAACUUAUCUAUGUAACGGAGUCAAAAUGUUUAAGUUAUUAAUUAUAUUGAUUGUCAAACUAUGUUGGAUAGAAGAUGUAUUUAUUGUCGUUUAGUACAAUAUACCGAAUUGGUUGUUUUAUAAUUACUUGUAUAUCAUCCGUAAAUGUGUGCUGUACGUGUGUUGUGGUCAGCUACGGACCAGACAUGUGACUCUUGACGGACUUUGACGAAGUUCUUAGAUUGGUUGAAAGUUUCUGCCUUGUGGAUUUCUUUCAUUGUCCUUAGUACCUAGGUACAUUUGAAUUCUAUCUCUCCGAGUGAACGAAUGAAUUAUUUUGUCAGUAAGACUGUCUCUGUCUGUCAUUUAUGUUGUAAGUGAACUUUUAUAUCUUUAGUGUAAUUGUUCUAUUGUAAUGACUACUAGAGUAUGUGUAAAGUGAUGCUAUUUUUACUUAUUUAAGUUGUGAUUGGUUAAAGCAGGGACGUCCCUGGUUGAAGUUUGAAUUGUCAGUAGAUGUCAUAUGUGUAUUAGAGUCUGAUUCUAUUUUAUCCUAUAUGUCUCAGAAUAUAUAUCUCUUUUAAUAAAA